AUUGUCCGUGAUUGUGUAGCUGCCAACGGCUCCGUGGCCCGGCAAGCAGAGUCAGUCCAACUGAUGUGCAAGUUUCAAACACCGUCUUCCCGCCUUGCUUUGACUGCUAGUCUACUGGCCGAACUCUCCGAUCACCCACGGGACAUAACGAAACCGCCUUCGGAGGAUGCACACGCGUGA